AUGUUCAUUAUUUCCUGUGUCGAAUGUACAACUGAGCAGCUUCUCAUAAGAAAAUUAUUACAAUAUUAUGAGCCAAGCGUAAGACCAGUUCUCAAUGCUCAAGCUGUCGUUAAUGUUUCAUUUCGAAUGGAAAUUACGCAAUUAUUUGAGCUGGAAGAAAAAACACAAAUAUUAACAACCAAUGUACGCAUCGAACAAAAAUGGAAAGAUGAAAAUCUCGGGUGGAAUCAAACUGAAUACGUAGGUGUUCGUGGCAUACGUUUGCCGUCACAUCGUAUUUGGUUGCCGGAUAGUUAUAUUUAUAAUGCAGCAUUUGAUAUUUCAAGUGAAACACCAACGCAAGGCGUUGUGAAUGGUCCUUAUGUUAUGGUUUAUCACACAGGUGAAGUUGUAUUUCCUGUUUUAAUGAAAUUGCAUACAACAUGCAAAGUCAACAUACAAUAUUUUCCAUUCGAUCGGCAAAUAUGUGGACUAAAAUUUGCCUCAUGGAUAUAUGAUAUAUCAUCGGUUAAAUAUGAUAUUAUACCAAAUACAAAUGAUCAACAGCAAUCGGAAAGUAUACGAAAUAGUGGCUGGGCUAUACUUGAUGUUAAACAGGGUCUUAUAUGGAGAGCAAAGAAUAAUAAAACAUAUACAGAACUAGUUUAUGGUGUUCAUAUUCGCCGGCGGCCGUUGUAUUAUAUUUUCAAUGUGAUAAUUCCAUGUGCCAUGCUGUCAUGUUUGACGUGUAUGUCGUUUUGGUUACCGACAUCAUCAGGUGAAAAAGUAACACUUGGCUUGACUUGUUUUGUUGCAUUUUCUGUUUUCAUGCUUAUGGUGGCUGAAAAAGUUCCUGCUACAUCAGAUACAGUACCUAUUAUAGGUAUCUAUUUGACUAUUGUUAUGAGUUUAACAUCAAUAUCUGUAAUAAUGGCUGUAAUUGUUGCUAAUCUUUACCAACAAGCAGCAAUGUGUACAUCUGACAAACAUCGUGCACCGGCAUGGUUAACUAAAGUUGCACUGAUCUAUCUACCAUCAAUUUUUCGUAUGAAAGACAAGGUUAAAACUGUGCUUAAUCAAAAAGUAAGAACGUGUAGACGAAAGUCGUCUGAUAGAGAUAAUAGAUAA